CCAUGUAUGGGUACGUGUGACGUCACGGACCCUACGUCCAUCUUUAUAUACAGUCAAUGGUUCCGUGUGGAAAGUUUACCGGCUCGGGUGCAAAGUUUCAACCGUCUGCAAACACCAGCUCGUCGGCAAACGUUUCUGGAAUGUGCUGGUGACGACGGAGGCGAACCGACCCGGUAACCAACACCGAAUCACGGAUUAAUUUACCCCCCCCCCCACCCCACCUCCCCGCGGUUGUCCACGGCACAGGACGAGGGAUGCUACCGUCGCUGGAGAGCAGCAGUGAAUGAAGACCCUGUUUACAGCGACCGUAUUGUCUCAGGGAGCCAGCUAGCAUACCCCCCGUUAGCUUGGAGUCGAGCCGGAUAGCUAGCUAGCUGGGGCUCCGGGUGAUCUCGGAAGAAAGGAACCGUAUCAAACUUGAACUCCACACCGGGCGAAGAUGGCUUGCGAACCGAACCGAGUGCGGCUGCUCUGCAUGCUCUCGCUGACGUUCGGGUUUUUCAUCGUGGAGGUGGUGGUGAGCCGGUUCACCUCGUCCCUGUCCAUGCUCUCCGACUCCUUCCACAUGCUGUCGGACGUGAUCGCGCUGGUGGUGGCGCUGGUCGCGGUGCGGUUCGCCGAGAAGACCCACGCGACCAACAAGAACACCUUCGGCUGGAUCCGGGCGGAGGUGAUGGGGGCUCUGGUGAACGCCGUCUUCCUCACGGCGCUGUGCUUCACCAUCGUGCUGGAGGUGGUCGAGCGCCUCACCGAGCCCCACGAGAUCAAGAGACCGGAGGUGGUGGCCGGGGUCGGCGCCGCGGGGCUCCUGGUCAACCUGCUCGGGCUCUGCUUGUUCCGCGGACACGCCGGCGGAGGCCACGGCCACAGCCACGGGGGCCACGGCCACGGGGGCAAGAACAAGAAGGGCAAAAGUGGCCAAAAGGCUGGGAACGGGUCUUCGGGAGAGGAGACCAACAACCUGGUGGCAAAUCACAACAGCCCGGGGGACGUGACACUGAGGAAUGAAAUCAGCUGUAAAGACAACAUAGAUGUGCAGAUGAAUGGCAACCCCAACUUUGAGGACAUGGACCACAUCGCUUCAUCGCAGCUGAACAUGCGCGGUGUCUUCCUACACGUGUUGGGCGACGCCCUGGGCUCUGUCAUCGUGGUUGUUAAUGCUGUAAUAUUCAUAUUUGUGUGGCAGCCCUGCGAAGAUGAUACGGAGUGUUACAACCCAUGUGUCCGCCAUACGGACCAGCAUUUCAAUCAAACACUGGCCUCCAUGAAGACUGCCGGCCCCUGCUGGAUCCUCUACCUGGAUCCCACUCUCUGCAUCAUCAUGGUGUGCAUCCUGCUGUACACUACCUACCCGCUUCUCAAAGAGUCGGCCCUCAUCCUGCUGCAGACCGUGCCCAAGCAGAUCAACAUGCACCGGCUCAACGAGCGGCUGCUGGGUCUGGAGGGUGUGCUCGCCAUCCACGAGCUGCACAUCUGGCAGCUGGCCGGCAGCCGCAUCAUCGCCACAGCUCAUAUCAAGUGCCAUGACCCCACAUCUUACAUGGAGGUUGCCAAACGGAUCAAGGACUUCUUUCACAAUGAGGGUAUCCACGCUACCACCAUCCAACCAGAGUUCGUCACGUUCAACUCUGAGUCUCGGGACUCCCUCUGUGAGCUCUCCUGUCGGACUCAGUGUGCUCCCAAGCUGUGCUGCGGCUCUGCCGACAAACAGAACCCAGGCUCUGACAAGAAGACCAACAGUGACUAUAAGCCAGGUGCUGCUUCUGCCUUGGAGGUGAUCAGUGAGGUCGCAGAGCUGCCUGCAAGCCUUCAGGUGUGCCCGCUGUCAGAGCCGGAGGUUACCAUCACCAGAGAGGUGGAGUCAUCUCUUUGAGAUGGAGGGGACAGAGAGAAAUGGAGGAGAGGCUGUGAAACGACCACUUUGGGCAGAUCUCAUCGUCAUUGUCAUUUGCAGGAUGUGGUUAUCUCUUUGCUCUAGAGUCGCCCUGAUACAGAAAAGAAAUUCCAUCACCUUUUAUUCUCUGUUAUCGCUCCUUGUAAAACCCUCCCAAAACCUUCUGUUUAUGCAUUUCAGCCUCAUUCUUUUUAUCCUCUUCCUCCCUCAUGUCCAAACCCUCCCCUCCCUCCCAGCCACUUGGCCCGUCUCUUGUUGUCUGUUGCCCUGGUACUGUGGUGGCAAUGCAUGUCGGGGUUCACUGACCUUAUCUCCUCCAGGACUGGAGCGAGUCCUGCAUGAGUGUUCCUCAUUAACACCGUGUUGUAAUGCGUCACCUCUUCUCAUGGUGUUUCUGUGCCAAAGCUUCUCACUGCAGGACCGACGGGAUCGGAGAGACGCCCUCUCCACCAAACGGACACACACAAUACAUGCAAGUCAGAGCACACAUCACUAGGUGGUUUCCUUUAGCCUAUGGACCUGUUGGCAAAGAGCCUAUCGUCUUGUUUUUUGCGUCGGCUUUGAGUAGAUCGAUUUUCUUACCCUCUGGCCCCAAAUGGAAGAGUAUUGUAUUGCAUAAUAAUUUAAGUUAUUAGAAAUAAUCUAUUUCUCUCUGUAGAGGCUGUUUGUAAUAUUUAGUCUGGUUGAUAGAAACAUUUUAGCACAUUUUCUGUCUGAGGUUUUUGACUGAUCAUCUAUGCUGUAGUCAGUUUUACAAAUAUGACAUUUUUAUAAUCUUGUUUUUUCAGACUUUUUCUCUGGCCUUGACUGAGUUUUAAUUAGAGUAAUGAGUUGGAUACAGAAGCCGUAUCAACACUUUGCCUUUUAGAUACAGAACUGCUGUGGUAUAGCAUCAAGUAUAGUAGACGCGAUGUAACUGAACUUCUCGCAAUGGCACUGUCGCGUAACUACAUGUUCAAUCGUGAAUUUGCUGUCUUGCAAGCCAGAGGGUCGGGUCUUUUGUGAAUACGUGAGCACUGUAUGCCAUCAGUUUGACACUACUCUCUGUGUGAAUCUUUACUGGACACUUUCAGAUGAUGGCUUUUGAUUUUUGUUCGAAGAUUCUCAUGAAUGUGUGUGGCACCUCGUCACAAUCCACGCUGAGGGCGUUUUAUAUUUCCAGAACGAUCUGCUAAGUGUGCAUGACCAAACUGGGACCUGGUGUUCGACUUUUUUAGAGCUCCACUCAGAGCUCCUGUGGCUGCUUACCAGUACCUGCUGGUAUCCUCCAACAUUAUUCAUUACUGUAGGGAAUGAAUCAUCAUACUGGUUGUCUGCCCUCUGUGUUGGGCAGUGGAGCAGGCUAUUUUUUGCUGAAGUAAAGUCCAUUAGUGGCCUUUAACAUAGUAUGAAUUUUCCCUCGUCUACACAGAUAUCAUUAAAGAUAAUCCAUUGAUGCAUUUCCAAUUUCCACUCCCGAUUAAAUGUGUAUGCAAUAUAGAAAUAUGUGCUGGAAAAUGUAUUUUGAUGUGUUCUUCAUUUGUAAUGUUUGUUCACUUUUAUUCUUUGUCUUUUAAGACUCUUUAAGAUGUGCAAAUUGAAAACAAAAUAAUUGUUUUUUAUUUUAGAUAUGACAUGUCAGCUGAUGUGUUUUUGAUAUAUAUACAUAUAUAUGUAUAUUAGUACCUGUCCAAUGUGUCAUUGUGAAAUAAAAAAUAUGACUGUUUGGUACAGUUUAUGAACCCAAA